GGACGCUUCUUCAGGAACAACAUCGCGGAUACUCUUUCAACCACCUCGGUAGCUUGCUAGCUGACAUAAAACUGAAAGAUUUACGUUUUAGGCCAUGUUAAUGUAGAUUAGCUAAUCGCAGUGUUUAAAACACAUUUCAGUUGACGUUAACUUGAACCUAAUUUGCUUGUUGAAUUUGCAAAUUUGUUAAAGACUGAUACAGAGCCAAGCACUAGGCUAGUCGCUAAUGCUAACUAGCUAGCUAGCUAACAUCCCUGACAAUGAGCUCACUAAACUACUCAUCCCUUGCUAAAGAAGAGGAUGUCUGUUGGACGGAGAAAGAAGCUCUGGCCCUGAACAUUAUCGUGAAAGACGAAGAGGAGGAUAUUACAGUGAAAGGAGAGAAAGAAGCUCUGGCGCUGAACAUUGUCGUGAAAGAAGAAGAGGAGGAUAUUACAGUGAAAGGAGAGAAAGAACAUUUCAGAAUGAAAAAGGAGGAAGAGGAGGCUGUUAUAGGAAAAGAAGAGAAAGCAUCCUCUUCCUCUCUAAAAGGUUCUAUCUCAAUAAAGGUGAAGAAGGAAGACGUUUUGGGAGUGAAAGAGGAGGAGACAGAAUAUCAGAUUACCACCAGAGAGAGACAUGACUAUUGUGGAUCCUCUGGGGAGCCUCAACAACAUCCUGAUGCUGACGAGUCAGAGAAGAGUCUCUCCAGAUCAGAACACCAGAUGGACAACGCUAGCCCUUCCACCCUCCCGGAGUCCCCGUGUCAUACCUCUCCCAGUAGCGCCUUAUUGCUGGGUAUGAAGAGGUUGUCUGUGCUGCUGGUGGACUACAGGAAAACAACGGGGUUGAGUGGAACUGUGAGAGGAGGAGAAGAGAAGAAAGGAUCAGAUAUGACUCAUCAAAGAGGAAAAUCAAACUUGGAGGAACCAAAGACCUCCACACCAGCAAGACGACACCUCUGCUCCCAGACCAAGUUAGGGAGCCUGAAAAGACCUGAGGGGGGACACACAGGAGAGAAGCCGUACCAUUGCGCCCAGUGUGGAAAUAGUUUUAGCCGGUUAGGAAGCCUGAAAGCUCAUGAGCGAAUACACACAGGAGAGAAGCCAUACCAUUGCGGCCAGUGUGGAAAGAGUUUUAGCCUGUUGGGAAGCCUGAAAGCUCAUGAGCGAAUACACUCAGGAGAGAAGCCAUACCAUUGCAGCCAGUGUGGAAAUAGUUUUAACCAGUUAGGAAACAUGAAAAGACAUGGGAGGAUACACACAGGGGAGAAGCCAUACCACUGCUCCCAGUGUGGAAAGAGUUUUACAGCGUUAGUUAAGCUGGAAGCUCAUGAGCGAAUUCACACAGGGGAGAAGCCUUACUACUGCUCCCAUUGUGGAAAGAGUUUUAACCAUUUAGUUAACAUGAAAAGACAUGAGAGGAUACACACAGGAGCGAAGCCUCACCAUUGCUCCCAGUGUGGAAAGAGUUUUAAGCGGUUAGACACCCUCAAAGAUCAUUUGCGAAUACACACAGGGGAGAAGCCUUUCCGUUGCGCCCAGUGUGGAAAGAGUUUUAGCCGGUCAGGAAGCCUGAAAGAGCAUGAGCGAAUUCACACAGGGGAGAAACCUUACCACUGAUCCCAGUGUGCAAUGCGUUUUACCCAAUUAGGACGCCUGAAAGAAGACAUGAGACCGCACACGGGGGAGAAGCCAUACAAAUGUUCAGACUGGGGGGAAGGCAUUUCACUCAUCAGUCACUUAAAAAACAUGUGAGAAUCCACACAGGAGAGAAUAAUGACUUAUCCUCGUGUGUAAACUUGUAUUUCACAUCACAUUGACUUAAUUACUUCUCCUUGUGGAUAAAUUGAUAUUUCACAUCACAUUGACUUAAAAUUAAUCAGAGAACAUACACAGUGCUCCCAUUGUCUUGUAUUGUUGACUGAGAAUGUGUUUACUUGUUUAUACCAUAUGAAAUUUAAUUGUACCAAGUAUACUCAAAAAUAUAUUUGUAUGUUUUUAUUAGAAAAUAUAAAUUGAAUAUUGUCGUGUCUUUGGCAUCAUUAAAAGUGAAGACUUAUUUUAUCAAA